AUGAUACUCAAUUGGCACGACUUCGACGCUGUGUUUCAACAAAAACCGGACUAUGCACCAGACCAGAAAACGGUCGAGAACGUCAUAAGGCAUCGUAAAGAGUUUGGAGACGAAUUGUUCUUCGAUCGAAUCUGGAAGUCCAUUGGGCUAACACACCCCUCGAGGAAGAACUACCCAGCGAGAUCCAACCAAGAUCUGAGAAACCUGUGGUCUAGGAUCGUUCAUUCCCCCGCGCCAGAUGAGCAGAAGCUAGCUCUCCUUUUCUAUGUCCUCCUCGACUGUCGUGGGUUACAUAACGCAGACAAUACCUUCGUACGGAGGACAUAUCUACCGCAGAAAUACCAGCUUCUCGUGCAAGGACUAUGGGAACUUGACCAUGCUCAAUUCUCCAGAGCCUUGGAACACCUGACCGACCCUUCGCUCGCUCUACCGUUCGCUGACGAAGUCCUCCUCACUCUCCUUAAACAUCCCAAAUGUGACUCGUCAUUGGCAGCCGCUUUCUACAUCAGCGUGUCGCCGCCACUGAAAGAGCAGAAGACAUUGGAUGCAUAUUUUGAAUUACUAUCCUCCAACAAUCUGGUAGAAGCAUACUAUUUCGCAAAGAGACAGGACGAGCUGAAUCACAAAUCCUUGUUUGAGAGACUUAUUGCAAAAGUUCACCAGGAAACAGCGGGCCAUGCCCGUGCUGCUCGAGCGACCCUUCUUGCAGGACUACCAUUUAGCUCCGAAGAGGAGGCGUGGUUCGAGAACUUCUUACUUGAUGGCAAGGGAUCCAAGCUUCCCGGUGCCAAGGACACAGUGAUGGUGCGUCGCAUUGCUACAGGCAGAUCGGCGACCGCGGCGACCGAAAGUGCCGCGCUUAGUAGACAAAAGGGAGAAAACAUAGAUGGGGUUAGCUGGGAGACAGUCCGGAAGUCAAUUACAGAAGCUACACCUAGCUGA